AUCUGUCUGUUAGCCUGAAGGAGUCAUAUUAGCAUUAGGCCUGCUCCUCCUUUUUCCCCGGCGCACAGCAAUUACGUGCAAACUACCAGUCCCAUGAUCCCCGGCGUCGUCAGGCAGGAAGAACGUGUUAGCAGGGGCUCAUACUGAUCCAAGUUAGGAGCUCUCAGCUGCUGGCCUUGGCCCAUCAUGUAAGUGCCUGCCGAGGUUUCUUUGCAGAGCGGUUGCAGAAAUCUCUCCGUUUUCGUUGCGUGCAAUUGAAAGGCCAGCCUUUGCACGGAGAACAAGUUACCCGACGCCCAAAGGCUCCGAGUGCAUGAAGAUCGCGGCUUGUAUUUUGCACCUUUGUUGCAAGCAAGCCCACUUGAAGCCUCACUGCGAGGGAUAGAUGGAAGGAGGGAGCGACCAGGAAAGCAAAGUCUUUUGUGCUUCCCCUUCCCCCAACCCAAAAGACGAGAUGUCCGUGCCAAAAGGAGUUAAAGGUAAAAAGAAGCCACCACUCAAGCUUCCGAAGGAGGUGUUUGAGAAACCCCAACCUGCUCCUACACCCCCGAGAGACCUGGACUCCAAAGCCUGUGUUACUAUUGGAGAUAAGAACUUUGUGGUGAAGGCCGAUGAUUUGGAGCAGAUUGGAGAGUUGGGGCGAGGGGCGUAUGGAGUGGUGGACAAGAUGAGACACGUCCCAAGUGGCGUAAUAAUGGCAGUAAAGCGAAUCCGGGCCACAGUAAACACACAGGAGCAGAAACGGCUGCUAAUGGAUCUGGACAUCUCCAUGAGAACAGUCGACUGCUUUUAUACUGUUACCUUCUAUGGAGCCCUGUUCAGAGAGGGUGACGUGUGGAUCUGCAUGGAGCUGAUGGACACCUCUCUAGAUAAGUUCUAUAAACAGGUGCAUGAGAAGGGUAUGACCAUCCCAGAGGACAUCCUGGGAAAGAUCACCGUUUCUAUCGUGAAAGCAUUGGAGCAUCUCCACAGCAACCUGUCAGUGAUACACAGAGAUGUGAAACCCUCUAACGUCCUGAUAAACAUGCAGGGUCAGGUGAAAAUGUGUGAUUUUGGCAUCAGCGGGUACCUCGUGGAUUCAGUGGCGAAGACAAUGGACGCCGGCUGCAAGCCAUACAUGGCGCCUGAGAGAAUCAACCCAGAGACCAAUCAGAAAGGCUACAAUGUCAAGUCUGAUAUCUGGAGUUUAGGAAUCACAAUGAUCGAGCUGGCCAUUCUGCGGUUUCCCUAUGACUCAUGGGGAACGCCAUUUCAGCAGCUCAAGCAGGUGGUGGAAGAGCCGUCGCCCCAGCUGCCUGCAGACCGCUUCUCACCCGAGUUUGUGGACUUCACGUCACAAUGGUGGCACAUCAUUUGGCACAAUAUUGACGUUUCAAAUCUUUUCCACACCCAGCAACAUCCCUUUUUCACCAUCCAUGACUCCAAAGACACCGACGUCGCUAGCUUCGUGAAGAGCAUCCUCGGGGACUGAGAACGUCCCUCUCGGCAAAACUGACGUGUUGCCGCGGGGGGAGACGGGACUAUUUGAGAAAAA